AUGUUGGCUCAAACUGCUAGACUGUUGGGCCAAGGAACGCGCGCCAACAGUGCCAGAUUAUUUACCCAAAGUACGAGGGUGUUGCAACAGCAGCAGCCAGCAGCUGCAGCUUCUGUUUCCAGAAGUUCCCUGUUCAAGCGUGCUGGUAAGGCUUUCUUGAAACUUACAUUGUUUACUGGGUUGGCUGGAACUGCUUAUGUUUCAUACCAGCUUUAUAGGGAGAAAAACCCUGCUCCUCAGCAGCCUCAGGCUGCUACUUUCCCAAACGGUUCUCCACGUAAGACUUUAGUGAUUUUAGGUUCUGGUUGGGGUGCUGUUUCUUUGUUGAAGAAUUUGGAUACUACUCUUUACAAUGUCGUUGUUGUUUCCCCAAGAAACUACUUCUUGUUUACCCCUUUGUUGCCAUCUACGCCUGUCGGUACUAUUGAGUUGAAAUCUAUUGUUGAGCCUGUGAGAUCUAUCGCUAGAAGAGCUCCAGGUGAAGUUCACUACUACGAAGCUGAAGCUCUGGAUGUUGACCCAGUGAACAAGACCGUUAAGAUCAAAUCUGUGAACACUGAACAUGAAUACCAAUUGGAUAUGAAAUAUGACUAUUUGGUUAACGGUGUUGGUGCUCAACCUACCACGUUCGGAAUCCCAGGUGUUGUUGAAAACUCUUCUUUCUUGAAAGAAAUUUCUGACGCCCAAGAGAUUAGAAUGAAGAUCAUGACUAGUAUUGAAAAAGCUGCUUCUUUGGCUCCAACUGAUCCAGAGAGAAGCAGAUUGUUAAGCUUCGUCGUUGUUGGUGGUGGCCCAACCGGUGUUGAAUUUGCUGCUGAAUUGAGAGACUAUGUUGACCAAGACUUGGCUAAAUGGAUGCCUGAAUUGAGUAAAGAGAUUAACGUCACUUUGGUCGAAGCUUUGCCCAACAUUUUGAACAUGUUUGACAAAUCUUUAGUUGAUUACGCCCAAGACUUGUUCAAACAGGAUAGAAUCGAUUUGAAAUUAAAGACUAUGGUCAAGAACGUCGACAAGACUCAUAUCACUGCCAAGUGUGGUGACGACCUAACUAAGGUUCCUUACGGUGUCCUUGUUUGGGCCACUGGUAACGCACCAAGAGAAGUCUCCAAGAACUUGAUGGAAAAAUUGGAGGAACAAAACUCUAGACGUGGUCUAUUGAUCGAUGAAAAACUACAAUUGAUAGGUGCCCAGGGUUCCAUCUUCGCCUUAGGUGACUGUACUUUCUACCCAGGUUUAUUCCCAACUGCUCAAGUCGCUCAUCAAGAAGGUGAAUACCUUGCCAAGGUUUUCAAGAAAUUGCACAAGAUUGAUCAAACCAAAUGGGAACUUGCUCAAGACAACACCAACGAUCCAAAGGCCCAAAGCAAGCUCAACAGAUUGGAAUCCCAAAUCCAGCCUUUCCACUAUGAACAUAUGGGUGCCCUCGCAUACAUUGGUUCCGAAAAAGCCAUUGCUGACUUAGCUGUUGGUGAAUCCAAAUACAGAUCCGCCGGCUCCUUCACCUUCUUGUUCUGGAAAUCCGCCUACUUGGCCAUGUGCAUGUCCUUCAGAAACAGAAUCCUUAUUGCCAUGGACUGGACCAAGGUCUACUUCCUAGGAAGAGACUCCUCUGUUUAA